AUGGUUUCCUCGCAAAGCGAGAAGAACACUGAGAUUCGUCGGCCAUGGCUACGCUCUUCACCACCUCUCGUCCUUCACUCCUCUUUGUUUCCUCUCUCCGUGAAAUCAAAUUCUCUCUCUUUCACUUCUGGUCAUCGUCCCAGCCCCAGGCCUCUCCGGUUUUCUGAAAUCCGAUCUUCUCGUCCAUUGGAAUCAGACUCUGAUACGGAAGGUGGGAACCCGGUAGCUGAGAAUGAACCCGAAUCUCAGCCAGAUAAUGCGCCCGCGAUUACGGACGAAUGGGGAGAGAAAUCCGGACCCGAACCUGAGGACUCCGGGACCCGGUUUGCGGAAUCGGAUCCUCCAAGGAACGAGGACGAAUGGGAGGAGAGAACUGUCAAAGAAGCUGAAGUCGACGCCGGCAACGGAAAUGCGGCGUACGACAAGACUUGGGAGCUGAAAAGGUGUUUGGCGGAUACGGUGUACGGAACUGAAUUAGGACUCCGGGCUGGGUCAGAAGUUCGGGCGGAGGUGUUGGAGCUCGUGAAUCAAUUGGAAGCUCUGAAUCCUAUGCCGGCUCCGCUAGAGAAUCCGGAGCUUCUCGACGGCAACUGGGUUUUGCUGUACACUGCUUUCUCCGAGUUGCUUCCCCUUCUAGCUGCGGGCUCGACGCCUUUGUUGAAAGUGAAAAGUAUAAGUCAGUCUAUAGACACAAAGAAUCUCUCUAUCGACAACUCGACUACACUCUCCGGCCCGUUCGCAGACUUCUCAUUCAGUGCUUCUGCUUCCUUUGAAGUUCGAAGCCCUUCAAGAAUUGAGGUUUCAUUCAAAGAAGGUACGCUAAGACCUCCGGAGAUCAAAUCAAGUGUGGAUCUCCCAGAGAGUGUGGCUGUCUUUGGACAGGAGAUUAGUCUUUCGUUGCUGAAGCAAUCUUUGAACCCUUUACAAGAUGUGGCAGCGAAUAUUUCAAGGGCGAUCUCUGGUCAGCCACCACUCAAGCUUCCAUUUCCAGGUAACCGAGGCAGCUCUUGGCUCUUGACCACUUAUCUCGACAAAGAUCUCAGGAUUUCAAGAGGAGACGGUGGUCUUUUCGUGCUUGCUAGAGAAGGAAGCUCUCUGCUUGAGCUCUAA